AUGGGUGGCAGAAGACAAGUAAGAAGUUGAUUGCUUUUUGUCAGAGUCUUUGAGAGAUGGAGGUGGUUUUGAGUGUCGGAGACAGGAGGAGAGGUCGUGAUGGCGGCGAUGGCGGCGAUGACGGAGAUGGCGCUGUUGUCUCUGUAUGGGCGAGCUAUAAGCAACGCGUGUCUGAGCGCAGCGCAGCGACAAAUAGCGCCGCCGCUGGCAAGAUUGGCGAGAGACUCAAGUGCGCGCCGUCAUCCUGGGUAAUGACGAGGAUGGACGGUCAGGAAUGGGAUCCCGAUUGUCGGGGCAGUCCGCCGGCGACCACGUCUUCCUUCCGCCCGUGUAAACUGCAGGCGGUGGGUUCAGGUGAGGGAGAAUGGCGGAGGGGGAGUAGGAGCGGUUGGAGUACGAGCAGGGGGGGGAGGGGGAGGAGGGGGAGGAGAAGCGGAGAAGCGAUAAGGGAGGGGUCGGCUAUGAUUGACAUGGUGUGUAGUACCAGCAGCGACAGCGGGGGUGUCGUAGAGGUGGCCAAGAAUGACGGCGAUGGCGUUGGAAAUCGCACGACCACGUGGAGGAGGAGGAAGAGGGUAGAUGGAGGACAAGGAGGAGAAGAGCAUGCGUUAGGAGCAGCAGGGGGAUUGGGAAGGAUUAGCGAGGGAGGAGGUAGAGGGAGGGAGAGGAAGAAGAGCGUUGAUGGGCGGGAAUUGCUCCGGAUUGGAGUGAUGUCGACGUGGCAGUUCAUGCAUUCUUGUCUGGACGGCUCUCGCAAAGCGGUGUGGGGACAUGUCCUCACCGAGCCGCGGAAGCAGCUAAUGAUGGGCUCCUUGGCGCCACGUGGCGCAUCCCCGUACUACAGCGCGCUGAUGAAACGCCUCCCGCUCUUGCAGAGAGCGGGAAUCGGCGCGCUUGCGGGGGGAUUCGCCGGCGGUCUCACGCACGCUACCCUCCAUCCCAUCGACACUGUGAAGACGAAGCUCCAGUGUCGCGGAUCGGGCGCCGUCUAUUCCGGUCCCGUUGACGUCAUCCGAAAAGUCCUGGAGAAGCAAGGCAUCCGAGGGCUGUACAGCGGUUUCCCGGCGGCGGUGGUGGGGUCGAUACCCUCCUCCGCGGUCUAUUUUGGCGCCUACGAGCUGGCCAAAGGCGUGGUGGGGAAGGUGGUCCCCACGCCCUCUCUCGUUCCCCCCCUGUCGGCGGCAUUGGGGAACAUCACCUCAUCGGCGAUCUUCGUGCCUAAAGAGGUAAUUAAGCAGCGAAUGCAGGCGGGAGCUUCUGGCGGGAUGCGUGCCAUCAUCCUCAGAACGUUGCAGACGGAAGGAUGGAAGGGGUUUUACGUGGGGUACUCGGCUACUCUCCUCCGUAAUCUGCCGGGCAAUAUGAUCCGCUUCAGCACGUUCGAGUACUUGAAGAGUGCUUUGAUUGCCUAUAAUCAACGGACGAGGGGCGUGGCUGACGUGGAGCAAUGGCAGACGGCCGUCGCGGGGGCGAUCGCAGGAAGUGUGGCCGUGUGUUUGACGAUGCCUCUAGACGUCUCCAAGACGAGGAUGAUUACACGUGUCAACGCCAGGCUGGCGAUGACAUCAGCGGCAGGAGCAGCAGCAUCCGAUCCCGGUGUUGUACGGAUUGGUCUUUUCUCCACAAUGAAACAGAUCUGGACGGAUGAAGGGGUGAGGGGUUUAUGGGCAGGAGUAGAGCCGAGACUUGUACACAGCGCGUGUUUCGGCGCCAUUGGAUUUUGGGCUUUCGAAAGUGCCAAGAAAGUUCUCUUGAAUCAUCAUCUGGAUAGACAAUCGCGAUCGCGAUCUCAAUCUCAAUCUCAAUCUCAAUCUCAAUCUCAAUCUCAAUACGACCAUGGCAUCGGCGGGGGCAACACGAGCAACCACAAUGCUGGAGACGAUCGAGGGAUGGAAGGUGUAAAGGAAGCCGUGUACACGGUAGAGGAGAACGAUACAGCUGGCGAGACAUUUGCCACGUGGAAUGAUGGUAUCCGUCAGAACGGGGCUGGUGCAGGUCCUGGUGUUGAUGAAUCCCUUCUCGCGAAGAGAAACAUGAACGAGGAUAGCGAAGAGGAGAGAGGGAGGGAUAGAGAAGAAUUAGACGCAACCUUAAGACGAGGAAGGACGAACGCUCCGCUAACUGGAACACGAUCGCGGGAAGGCAGUCGGAACUCGAAGGCUACGAUUGCUUGAGAGAGAGAGAGAGAGAGAGAGAGAGAGAGAGAGAGAGAGAGAGAGAGAGAGAGAGAGAGAGAGAGAGA